UGGUCGUCAAUGGGAAAUUAUUUGGUGGUUUCUGCCCUGAAGACAAGACUUUAAAUCGACAUUCACCUUGUAUUUGAUUGGUCACAACCUUAUCACGCCGGGAAAAAGUGCUGCAGAUGUAACAUUUCUGGCAGACGAGGAAGGAGUUAGUGUGAAAUUUAGGUAGAGUUAUAUCAGUCAGUGGUAUCAUCAUGGCAGGGCGUGGGCGUGGCGCGAGGAUGAAGAAAUUAAAUGGAGGGAGUCUGGAAAAACCCAGACAACUGAAGAUACAGCAAGUGAUGACCAAUCUGAGGGAGGCAGAACAGAUUGUGUAUAAACUGUCAGACAGAAAGGCGUCACUUCAAGAGGUCAGUGACCUGUGCUCCAUCUCGAAGAGGCAUGGGAAGGAACUGGAGACCAGAAAUGAGAGUAAUUACUUGGAACUUGUUUUUUUACUACCCUUAAUAAGAUAUUCAACACAAUACGUCAGGCAGCUAAUUAAGGACCAGUAUCUCAACUCUCAGGGCAGAGGGCUAGUUAUGGACAUACUGGAGGCCAGGGCCAGGAAAUGGGCAGGGCCAGACCACGUCACCCAGGGACACUAAGAAGCAGAAGCAGCAGGAGAUGGCUCUCAUACAGGGACACAUCCAGAGAUCCCGAGAUGGCGCUGGAUCCCAGCACGACGCUGGAGGAAAAUGGCUACCC